AUGAAGUCAUAUUUGGGGCUUAUCGCAGUUUUUGGAGGGUCCCCGAGGGUCUCUAGGGUAGCCAGAUGUGGAUGGAUUCAAGUCCAAGUACCUACCUAUAGUACCUACUGUAGGUACCUAAGGUAUACACAACAUCCGCCUAAAAAUAGCUUGGUCGACGCAUUCAGCAGUCUCGUUGUUUCUAGCAUCCACGACUUCGUAUUGCGUGGCUACAUUGUCGAGUCGUGA